CACAGUCGUGAUAUGACAAGCGAAGGAAAGGAAAUUGGGCAAGAGGGCAAGAGUUUAUACACAAGAAAUAGAAGUUGCCUGCUUCAUCUCUUCUUGUAUUUGGGGAUUUCUGAAUCGUUCGGAAUCUCAGGGAAAGAAGAACUCGCUCUCCAUCGAACGCACCGACAAUUUCCGCCGACAUUUUCUGUUUCCGGUGAGACGUUUAGAAAGUUGUCUACUUCGGCCCGCCAAGAAAUUAACUACAAUACUUUGUAGACCGAAUUGCCUUUUGUUUCUGCGACUAAACUGUCUACCUAGACGGCUUUUUCAAAAUCAUCAUGCAAGCUUCAGAUGCAGAGUGUCCGUUGUGUAUGGAGCAGUUGGAAAUCGACGAUGUCAAUUUCUUUCCUUGCACUUGUGGAUAUCAGAUCUGCAGGUUUUGCUGGCAUCGGAUAAGAACAGAUGAAAAUGGCUUAUGUCCUGCUUGUAGAAAGCCCUACAGUGAAGAUCCUGCAGUGUAUACACCCCUUUCACAAGACGAAAUACAGAGAAUUCUGAAAGAGAGGAAACAGAAAGAUGUACAAAGAAAACAAAAAGUAACUGAGAACAGAAAACACUUAGCAAAUGUGAGAGUUGUACAGAAAAAUUUGGUAUUUGUUGUUGGACUAACUCAAAGAUUAGCAGAUCCCGAGCUUCUUAAAAGACCAGAGUACUUCAGCAAGUUUGGAAAAAUACACAAAAUAGUUGUGAAUAAUAGUACAAAUUAUGCAGGUCCCCAGGGACCCAGUGCUAGUGCUUACAUUACAUAUGUGAAAGAAGAGGAUGCAAUUAAAGCAAUAAUAGCUGUGUGUAACACUCAUCUUGAUGGGAGAACAUUAAAGGCUUCUUUAGGGACAACUAAAUAUUGUAGUUACUUUCUCAGAAACAUACCAUGUCCUAAAACAGUAAGUAAAAACCUUGGACUAGUUCAUUGUGAUAAGGUAAUUGGUUUAAAACAUCAAGAAUAUGAACAGCAGUUAAUUGCUUUUUAUUCAAAGAAAGUGGGUCUUAGCAGUGAUAAGGAUAAAAAUGAAGAAUGGCCGGUUGAUGAUGGUGGUGAAUACAGAUUGUCUCCUCGUCUAACAUCAGAAGCAGCAUGGGCUGGCAAAGAUGAGAAUGGAGAAGGAGAUACCUGUCAAAGUACUUUAGAAAAUGAAGGUAGUUCAGUUGCAGAAAGAAAGGAGGAGGAGGACUGGGAGGAAUCUUGUCUCCCAUCUCUGACUAAAACUGCAACAGAAAAUAAGCCAUCUGACACCAUAAGACAAGAAAAACCUGCAAACCAUCCACAGUCAACCUACAGCAAUACAGGUUGGGGAAAUACAGAAAGUGCUGGACGCGUUUUAGAUACUUCCAGUCUGUUCUCUGCUGAUCUGUGCAGUGGUCUGGGCCUGUCUAAUUUACAUCUGAAAGUUUAUGGGGAAGAUGAUUUAGGGUUUGAUCCUUGGAAUGAGUGCAGUAAAGGUUUGGCAGAUCUUCUUCAAGAAGAAAACAAAACAACUUUGCCUGGACAUACUCUUCACACUUCCACAGCUUCACAAUCACAAAGUUUCUUCCCAGGAUUUCCACCAAAUAGUGAUGAUAUUAAAAACUGGCAAGAUGGACUUAGAGCACUUCUACCAAACAUAAACAUUAAUUUCUCAGAUUCUCAGUUACCUCAACAACAAUCUUCUUGGUCUCAUUCUGCACCUCUGACAGAAAGUCAUCCACCUAACUGGCCUUUUUCUUCACAGCAAACGCAAAACCCAUUCCAAGGUCGCCCUCCUCCAGGAUUUGAAUGUAAAUCACCCACGAGCCACCACAUGCCGAUGCUUGAUGAUCCAGGUAUUUUAUGGUCAAAAGCACUUGACACAGGUAAUCCUCAAGGGAACAAUCCCCUUACUAGACCAGUUUCUAAUGGAUAUCCUGGAAUGCAUCCUUUUAGGAGACAAGCAGAUCUUCAGAGCACUGCGGCAGUCUCGUCAGCAGAGAAGCUGAAGGAAAAUUCAUGUAACGAAUCCUCACAAGAGGAGGUGAUCUCUAGUACAAGAACAAAAGAAUUACUAUCAGUCUCGGAGCCUUCAGGGGAUAAUGUAACAAAUGCAAUGACGGAAGGAACUCACAGAGUUGACAUUUCAGGAUUACCAAAUUGUAUUGAACAGCACAAAACAAGAGUGAGUGAGUUAUCCAUCAUUGACGUAAACGACCCUCUUCCAAGUCAAUGUGGUAAUUCAUUGUUGGAGCACAAGACUGAAAAGAAAAAACGGGACAGCAGAAUACAGGAGACUAACAGACAGUACAAACAAAAUCAAGGAGUAUAUAAGAGAGAUGAGAGACACUCUCAACAAAGUAGACAUUCAGGUACCAAGAGCAGACAUACUGAGACACCUGGAGGCUUUAUAAGGAAACAAACUCAUUCUUUUCAAGACAGAGACAAUUCCCAAGUGAAGGCAGGUCCUUCGCAAUAUUGCAAUAAGAGAAGAAGAGAUAUUACAAGUGGAUCUGUGGGACAGAGGAAUUGUAUUGGGAAAGAGAAACAAAGCACAAGCUUAAAUUGACAUAACAGUGUUAUGCACAUGGUUUGGAGGCACUGAAUCAAAGCAAGAUCAUGAGUGAGAGGUGUAGGAGGUCAGUCAGCCUCCAGAAACUGCAAAACAAACUGAAACAAAAUGAGAACAACAGAUGCCUUUUCAUUAGGUGCAGGUUCAAACUGUGGAUGCUCUGGUGAACCCAUGGGUUAAAGGCCUGAAACUUGCACUCUAAAGAGUGAUUGGGAAAUAAAAUCUCCUAAGUAUGCCAAUACACUACCCACCAGUUAGGUUACAAGAAGAAAGAAAAUUAUCAGCUUGGAGAUUUUUGGACUUGACAGCAAUUUUCAGCACCAACCAGCAAAGAAAUGUAUGGUUUAAAACUUAGUUUUUAGAUCUCUGGAGUAAAUGGUCUCAUGCUAACUGUUGGCUUACCUUGACUGUUAAGCUUCUAAACAGCCUGUGAAUACCUUGCUAAGUACUCCUAAGUAUUAAACCUUUAACUCCCAAGGUCUCAUUUGUAAUUCUCCUUACUUUCUACUAAAGGAUUCUCAUUAUGUUAGUUUGGAGAAUUUGUUGUUGGUUCCAUUAGUAAUCCUGUAAUCGAUAUUUUUCUUAAUUCUCAUCACUUGUCUGGAUGAUAUUGUAUUUAUAUAGCAAGAAUUUCUUUUUUGGUCACUCACAGGAGCUAGUGGGUUAAGAAUACCCAGAGAGGAAAGGUUUUGGUAUACACAGGCUGUUAAACACUAAAAGGUUCAGACUUCAAAAAGUACUCAAUUUCUGUCAUAAAGAUGUACCAAGUGAACAGGAGAGCCAAAAACUUGUAUCUCUUAAUCAGAAUGUUACAUCUGUCUUAAUAUGAGGAUCCCUUUUCCUAUUUAAACUAUUGCUCUCUGCAAUUUGUCCUGUCUAACUUUCAUCAGCAUUUUAAACAGCAAAAGCUGUUUAUGUUGUUAUGGUGGCUAAGAGAUAAAAAUCACCCAAAGACAGAAACCCAACACUUAAUGUCUAUACAGCAUGUUUGUGAAGUGCAUGAAGGUGGUGAUGUGCAGGAAGAAACCAUUAAGAACUUAAACAGGAAGUAGUUUGUAUUUCAUUACAUUUCAUUUCUUUUCUUUUCAUAAUAAUACCAAGUUUAAUGGUUGCUGAUGGUAAAUGGUAUGGUCAUAUAUACUGCAUCUGUAUAAUACUCUAUCAAUUUAACAGUGAUAGCGAAAUUUCUUUGCAGUUGUGUAAACAUCAGAAUAUCUGUCACACGAAACAAAAUUAACUCCUGUCAGCUUAUUUUACUAUAUCUGCUCUAAUUGUGUGCUUAAACUUUCAUUUGAAGUAAUCAAGCGAGCUUCUCAGGCAUGAAUAUUUAUUAAACUACAGCAUGCACUAAAUGGGAAGGAACUAAUUUCAAUAGGUGGUGUUGUAAUUGAACAGGUAACGUUAAGAGAACUGGUUAUGUUUUUGUCACGCAUGAUAGAGCCAGUCACGACUAGAAUGGCUUCUCUGAAGUUAAUUCCUAAGCUGGUUACUUGGCAAGACAUGUUAGUUUUUUCAGUUUUUGCUUUUGUUUUGUUUUUUUGUUUGUUUUGAUUUGUUUUUUCUUGUUUUGUAUUUUUUAGUGAAGCAUCAAUAAUAAUAAUGUUGAUUUUGAUGAAACCUUUAUUACAGUUGCCAUUGUAGUCUUGACUCGAAACACAUGCUGUAGGGAAACUGUCAUGUUAGGUAACAGAAAUGCGUUAAUAGGUCUUAGUUAAAACUAUUACUGCAUUUAGUUGGCGUUGGGGGACACAUUUGUUACGUCAUUUGCUGCCACACCCCUCCCAAUGUUGAUCUGCAAGAUCCUAUGCACACAGUGACAAAUUACAUUGAACGAAAAUUCACAAGCUAUGUUCGAAAGAUGGGUGCCAACUGGGAAUUUAUGCUGUAAAUCUCUAACUCUAAGAUUUGGCCUCGCUUGCGAGUUUGGCACCUUAAGGAGACAAAUCCUAGAUUAGGAUUUGGUUCCAUGCCUGGUUUGUUAACAACCGUUAAUCAAGUAGGAAAUAACUGGUUGUUAGUCUCCUGUUUAAAGUAAACUAUAAAAUAAUACGUAAGCAAAUUUACCGAU